CCUCCCCACUCCCCACGAUCAGAAGUAUCGCAGGCGGGAUUUCGUCGCUGUUUUUGAAUUAUACUUCUUUAAAAGAACCGUUAGCACAAUUGUAGGUCAUAUCCAUAAAUCUGAAUUAAAUUACGUGACAUCUGUAAGCCGAUUUAAAGUAACCAGAGGGCCUGCGUCCCCUCAGACACAGAGGCCACAAUGAAGCUGACGGACAAUGUGCUGCGGAGCUUCAGAGUUGCUAAGGUGUUCCGGGAAAACUCAGACACAAUUAACUGUUUUGAUUUCAGUUCAAACGGAGAAUCUAUUAUUUCCAGCAGCGACGACGACUCCUUAGUCUUGUACGACUGUCAAGAGGGAAAACCUAAGAGGACUCUCUAUAGUAAAAAGUACGGAGUGGAUCUGAUCAGGUACACACAUGCUGCAAACACUGUUGUCUACAGUUCCAACAAAAUCGAUGAUACCAUCCGAUACCUUUCCCUUCAUGACAACAAAUACAUCCGCUACUUUCCUGGGCAUAACAAAAGAGUCACAUCUCUCUCCAUGUCUCCUGUGGACGACACAUUUAUUUCUGGCUCGUCGGAUAAAACGAUCAGAUUGUGGGAUUUGCGGUCUCCUAACUGCCAGGGUUUGAUGCACCUGCAGGGGAAGCCAGUGUGUUCCUUUGAUCCAGAGGGUUUAAUUUUUGCUGCAGGAAUAAAUUCAGAGAUUGUUAAACUUUAUGAUCUGCGGUCUUUUGACAAAGGUCCUUUUGCAACCUUCAAGCUUCAGUACGACCGAACGUGCGAGUGGACAGGACUCAAGUUUAGCAAUGACGGAAAACUCAUUCUUCUUUCGACAAAUGGCGGAGCCCUUCGUGUCCUAGAUGCUUUUAAGGGUGCUGUGCUACAUUCCUUUGGGGGCUACAAUAACAGUAAAUGUGUAACCCUGGAGGCGUCAUUCACUCCGGAUUCACAGUUUGUAAUGAUCGGUUCUGAGGAUGGAAAGAUCCACGUGUGGAAUGCAGAGAGCGGCAUGAAGGUGGCUGUAUUAGACGGGAAGCACGCAGGAGCGAUAACCUGCCUGCAGUUCAACCCCAAGUUCAUGACGUUUGCGAGUGCCUGCUCCAACAUGGCAUUCUGGCUCCCGACCAUCGAUGACUGAGGACGACAAAGUGAAGGUGAAGCUUCUGUUGGAGGCAACGGGAGCAGCGGGGCUCAGCACUCACAUCAAAUGUACAGUUCACACGAUUUGUUGCUGUUAAAUUCUAAUUGUAAAUAAGUAGUGUUCAGAAAUAGAUCAUUUGUCUAUUCUUUUUUUAUAUUUCUAUUUAACAUUAAACUGUUUCUUUGUAA